CCAGAGGUACUGGGCCACCAUGGCUUCGUGCGUCCCCGUCCCUGGCGAAGACUCUGCGCCCCCCGCCAUCUCCAUGUCCUCCCUGCCCCUCGCUGCGCUCAACGUGCGAGUGCGCCGCCGCCUGUCGCAGUUCCUGAAUGUGAGGACCCAGGUAGCAGCCGACUGGUCGGUGCUGGCAGAGGUGGUGGGCUUCGACUACUUGGAGAUCAAACAGCUGGAAUCGCGCCUCGAUCCCACGGGCAGCCUGCUAGACGCCUGGCAGGGGCGCUCCGGCGCGUCGGUGGGCCGGCUGCUCGAGCUGCUCGCGGAGCUGGACCGCAAAGACGUGCUGAUGGAGCUGGGGCCCAGCAUCGAGAAGGAUUGCCAAAAGUACAUUUUGAGGCAGCAGCAGGAGGAGUCUGAGAAGCCCUUACAAGUGGCCAGAGUGGACAGCAGCGUCCCACGGACAGAAGAGCCUUUUGGCAUCACCACACUUGAUGACCCCCUGGGCCAAGUGCCAGAGCGUUUCGAUGCCUUCAUCUGCUACUGCCCUAGUGACAUCCAGUUUGUGCAAGAGAUGAUACGGCAACUGGAGCAGACAGACUAUCGGCUGAAACUGUGUGUGUCUGACCGUGAUGUCCUUCCAGGCACCUGUGUCUGGUCCAUCGCCAGUGAGCUCAUUGAGAAGAGGUGCCGCCGGAUGGUGGUGGUUGUCUCAGAUGACUACCUGCAGAGCAAGGAAUGUGACUUCCAGACCAAGUUUGCUCUUAGCCUCUCUCCAGGUGUGCAUCAAAAACGACUGAUCCCCAUUAAGUACAAGGCAAUGAAGAAGGAGUUCCCCAGCAUCCUACGGUUCAUCACAGUCUGUGACUACACCAACCCCUGCACCAAGUCUUGGUUCUGGACCCGCCUUGCCAAGGCCCUGUCUUUGCCCUGAAGAUGCCUCAGGGACCCUGCAGAUGCCUGCAUCCAUCUGCCUGUCUGUGCUCCCGUGCCUGUUCUGUUUUUGGGUGAAUCUGUGAUCUACAUGCCUCUUCAUUCCUAGAGAUACCAGCUGCCAGCACAUCUGUAGCAACCAGACAUUGUAUGAAUACCACAUCUUAGGUCCUGCAUGGAACCAAUGGCUACAAAUGGCCAGGUCAGUGAUGAACAGGAUCAGCUGGGAGUAAUUAGAGGACCAACCAAGCCACCUCUGUGCCAUUCAUACACCUGCAGCGUCACUUUCUUCAUUUGGAAAAUAGGAUGUGGAGAUCAAGUAGUAGCUGCCUCUGUGUUCCUGGCAUUCCUUUAACACCAGAAGUGGUAAAGAAGUGCCUUGGCUCUUCUGGGAGACAGCUGGCCUCUCUAAGAUUACAUGGUGACCACUAUAGGAACUAUGGGCCAGCUGGUACCUCAUUGCUACCCCAUAUCCUCCCUCCUCUGCAAGACAGAUGGGAAAGCAGGCUGAUCCCAGCAGGGUAUCCCAUUUCAAGCCUGAUUCUCUAAUGGGGCCUCCUCUCAUCUGAAUCAUUGAUUCUUCCAAGCCUCUGCCCUAACUUGAGUAGUGACAAGUCCCCCAAGACCCCUGAGCAGUCCCCUAAGAAGCUUGGACUGCUUUUUGUUUCCACCCACCAAGAUCUCUGGAAGCACACCUCAGUUCUAUGGGGCCCAGUAUGUGAUUCUGGCCUCUGUGAAAUCCAUCAGAUAUGUGCUCUGGGACUGGGUCACCAGGGCAGUGUCAGCAGGGACACUUCUUCAAUGGGUUACCCAUAGUGAGCUCCCUUGAUUGCCUUGUUUGUUGACAAAGCCAAGAGUGUUCCACCCUAUUGCUUGUAGCUAUGUGGCCACAUACCAUCUUGUACACUGACACAGAUAAGAAUACAGUGCACCUCCCACAGUAUGAAUCCCACCAUCCAGAGGACCUGACUGUGUCUCCAAAUAAAAUGGGUCACUCUUGAUUCCUCUUCUCUUUCUUCCUUACUCUGGAAAGGCUGCAGUGUGCCAGCAUUUGUAUGUCCAGUGAAGUGCAGGCAAAGAGAGCUGCUUGUUUUCAUGCAGUAAGCAAGUUGUAGGCCUGGCUGUUUUCUCCAUCCUGUGGCUGUUUGUGUUCCAUCAAGCUGUGUAUGAGGAAGAAAAUGUCAUGAUCCCAGUUCUUUUGUGCCCCUGGGUAGAGUCCAGAGCCCCAAAUUCAGUAAGAAGUAAGUGUCUUCUCUGCUCUGCCUUCAGCCAGGCAUGAGCAGGGUGCUUUCCCUCCAUGUGUUGGGAAGGGCGGAGGCCAGUCUGGGUGAUCUUGUUGGAGCACUUAGAUGCCAUGCAUCUGACCCUUUUGAUAUUGGGCAUUUUAAAACAAUUUGGAAAUAGCGUCUCUAAACCUAUUUUAUAUGCCUUGUGAGAAUUCUAAGUUAUCUGACAAAUGUCCAUGUUUGUCAUUUAUCUUUCUGUAUUCUAGGUUUAUAAUAAACACUAUUCUAUUUUGGAAAGGUGCAUUUAUUUGAGUUGUGCUUAUGCAAAAGAGUCUUGAAGCAGUAACCUGGGGUAAGUCUUUCCCAGGUAAGGGGAGGAGCUUCCAGACAGCUGGGCCCUUCCAGAGCUAACAUCUGGCCUAAGUUCCACAUGUUCAGAGCCUGCUUCCACC